AUGGCUCGAGUAUCGGGGAAAGGCCUGGUGGCUCUUCUACUCGUUGCUGUUGUCAGCUUGCUGUGCGUGACGCAAGUCGCGUCAGCUUAUACCGGGUAUCAGCAGUUGGUUGCGAAGCUGACGAGGAAGAAAUACACCACCGCCCUCGCCGCGUGGCAAACGUCUGGCCUCAACAACACGCUCAAGCAGUUCCUGCCAACGUCAAAGUUGACGGUGUUUGUGCCGCGCAACAGUGCCUUUGACAAGCUCACGGGCAGCUUCCAAUACUCCAAGCUCAAGAAGAACAAAGCGGCACUUCUCCAGGUCAUGGCCUUCCAUGUCCUCGAGCAACGCUUCUACGACUCCACGCUGGAGGCGCUCAAAGUGGGCACGCAGUUCGCCACCUUGGAUUACAAGUUUGUGAUGGUGAAGUCGGGUACCAAGCCGGCAAGGUUUGCCAAGCUUGGAGCUACGGGAGGGCUUCAAAUUGUUCAACCAGACCUGUAUGUCGACCCGCAGGUUAUCGUGCAUGGCGUUGAUACCGUCAUCAUCCCACCCAAGAUCCUAUAA